GAACAGAAGAGAACUAACGUACGUCGAAAACAGUCAAAUAACCACAAAGGAUCCCUUUUAAGCUUUGGCAAAAAAGAGGCAAGUGGCUGCGUAAAAAGGCACUUUCACGCAGGAUGGAGGACCUUUUACUUGAGCUGGAAAGUUGGUCUCAUAAUGUUUCAGCCAGAAAUUCCAGUUGCAGGAACGAAAGUGGUGCAGAAAACAGCACAGUGAACCCUUUAAAGCGGAAUGAAGAAGCAGCCAAAGUGGAGGUGACCGUCCUGGUCCUGGUGUUGUUUCUCGCUCUCAUGGGCAACCUGUGCGUCCUGUUGGCCAUCCACACCACCAAGCACAGUCACUCCCGGAUGUAUUACUUCAUGAAACACCUGAGCAUUGCAGACCUUGUGGUUGCAGUCUUUCAAGUUUUACCGCAGCUCAUCUGGGACAUCACCUUCCGCUUUUACGGACCUGACAUUCUGUGCAGGCUGGUCAAGUAUCUCCAGGUCGUGGGUAUGUUUGCUUCCACCUACAUGCUGGUGCUGAUGUCCGUCGAUAGGUGUUUGGCUAUCUGCCUGCCAUUCCGCUUCGUCAACAAGAGGAAAGACCGCAUCUGCGUGAUCGCCUCUUGGAUGCUCAGUCUUGUUUUCAGCGCCCCGCAAGCCUACAUCUUUUCUCUAAAGGAGGUCGGGAACGGGGUUUACGACUGCUGGGGGGACUUCGUGCAUCCUUGGGGUGCCAAAGCGUACAUCACGUGGAUGAGUCUGAGCAUCUACAUUCUACCAGUGGCAAUUCUAGGGAUCUGUUAUGGCCUUAUAUGCUUUAAAAUCUGGGAGAACAUCAACAUGAAAACAAGGAGAGAUCGCUUUGUAGCUGUCACAUCCAAAGGAACUCAUCCACUGUCGCGUGUGAGCAGCGUGAGGCUUAUCUCCAAGGCCAAAAUCCGCACAGUGAAGAUGACAUUUGUGGUGGUUAUUGCUUACAUUGUGUGCUGGACUCCCUUUUUCUUCGUCCAGAUGUGGUCUGCGUGGGAUCCUGCUGCACCAAGAGAAGACAUGGCCUUCAUCAUUGCGAUGCUGCUGGCCAGUCUCAACAGCUGCUGUAACCCAUGGAUCUACAUGUUUUUUGCUGGCCACCUCUUCCAUGACCUGAUUCAGUGCUUCUUCAGCUGCUGUAGACAGUACCUGACAGACUCUUCCUGUGGCUGUGAUGAACAGCCCAGGGACAAGAGCAGCUCCUCCAGCGACGUCAUCAAGAAUGCCAGAGAAGCCUCACACACACAUCCAGCUUAGAAGGCAGGAAGUCUCUUUCAACCUUUUUCGAGCCAAGGUACACUUUUUCCUUGACUAAAAUCCCACGGCACAUCAGCCGCCAAAGAUAAGAAAAAAGAGAAACUCUAUUGUCUGUAUUGAUGUUCAGUCUCUCCAUGAUCUCACGUGCAAUUUUUUGUGAUAAUUGAGGC